AUGGAUUCGCCAAAUUCUGCGAAUUCAUACGAUAAUAUGAGUCUAGAGGAUAUCAUAAUUGCAGAGUGUACUGACGAUCAUGAUGAUCAAUAUUUCAAAGCUUUCAAGGAUGGGGGUAGCUCAACAAGGCAAGGAAGAAAGAGAGCCCAUAUUGAUAGGGGUCAUGUAGAAGGACAUCAACUCGGUAGAAGAGGGCUUUCACCAUUACAGAAGUGCACCGCUGCAAUGCGAAUAUUAGCAUAUGGAGCGCCUGCUGAUUAUGUUGAUGAGUAUGUUCGAAGUGGUGAAACCACCGCUAUUGAAUGUCUAGUAAAUUUCGUUCGGGGAGUGAAUGAGAUUUUUCGUGCUGAAUAUUUGAGACGACCCAAUGAUGGGGACAUUCGUUGCUUACUUCAAAUAGGGGAGGAAUGGAAAAAUUGCCCAGUUGCAUGGAAAGGACAAUUCACGCGAGGUGAUCACGGCAGGCCAACAAUCAUGCUCGAAGUAGUUGCAUCACAAGAUCUCUGGAUAUGGCAUGCAUUUUUUGGUGUUCCGGGAUCCAAUAAUGAUCUGAACGUGUUAAAUCAAUCCCCAUUAUUCACUGAAAUCUUACAAGGGCAAGCUCCAAGAGUUGAGUUUACAAUAAAUGGCACACAAUACAACAAGGGGUACUAUCUAGCAGAUGGUAUCUAUCCAGAGUGGGGUACAUUUGUUAAAACUAUCCCACUACCUCAAGGAGAGAAAAUAAAAUUAUUUGCUCAAUGCCAAGAAGCGGUACGUAAAGAUGUUGAGCGAGCAUUUGGAUUACUUCAAUCUCGUUUUGCUAUUGUACGAGGACCAGCACAUUUUUGGCAAAGAGAUGUUCUCAAAGAUAUUAUGUAUGCAUGUAUCAUAUUGCACAAUAUUAUUAUCGAGGAUGAAAGAGAUGCAUAUGAGAGUUUGGUUGAUUUUAAUUAUGAUGACGGCCCUACAGACACCCCAACAGUUGAAGUAUUGCAUGGACCUAUUUCUGACUUCCCGACAAUGCUGCAAAGAAAUGCUGAAAUUCGUGAUAGAAAUAUUCAUCGCAAUCUUCAAGCAGACUUGGUGGAACACAUAUGGUCAAAAUUUGGAAAUUAUUUUAAUUAG